UUCGGUCAACUCCGUCAUUUAGUGGUGUUCGAAACGUCGAUGUGUGUGGAAGUGAAGUUUAACUUUUCUAACAUACUUAUCUCAAUAAAAUAACAAUAACCUAGUAACAAAAGUACAAUCUCUUAUUUCAACGUGCUUGAAUAAACAUUUUACGUGACAUUAGUUGUUCAAACAGUAUCAAAGAUGUGUGAUAAUAACAAUCCAUCGACGCAAAGUAUAGCGGACUACUUAGCUCAGUUGCUCAAAGACAGGAAGCAACUGGCCGCGUUCCCGAAUGUUUUCAUGCACAUGGAACGACUUCUGGAUGAAGAAAUAGCAAAAGUACGAGCGAGUCUAUUCCAAAUAAAUGGCGUUAAGAAGGAACCACUUAUUCUACCAGAAGCAGAAGGAAUGGUCACAACACUCACAGAAAAAGUAUACGUGCCAGUCAAAGAACAUCCAGAUUUUAACUUCGUGGGAAGGAUUCUGGGGCCCAGAGGUAUGACAGCUAAGCAGCUAGAACAGGAGACAGGCUGCAAAAUCAUGGUCAGAGGCAAGGGAUCCAUGAGAGACAAGAAGAAGGUGAGCAUUACUGAGGAUGCGAACAGGGGUAAGCCCAACUGGGAGCACCUGGCAGACGAUCUGCACGUGCUGCUGACGGUGGAGGACACCGAGAACAGGGCUAAGCUGAAGCUCGCCAGGGCCGUCGAGGAGGUUAAGCGUCUACUUAUUCCCCAAGCGGACGGCGAAGACGAAUUAAAGAAACGUCAGUUAAUGGAAUUAGCCAUUAUCAACGGCACCUACCGCGACUCCAGCGCGAAAGCCGUCGUGCCUGUCAACGGUCAGUGCCUCAUAAGUGACUCCACAGCGGACGAGGAAUGGCGUCGCGUUGCCGCCGCCGCGGCCGAGACGCAGCGACUGUUGGCGCCAGGCGGUGGCGUGGGCGGCGUAGCCCUACGCACGCAGGCCCCGCUCGGGGCCCCCCUGAUUCUGUCCCCGAGGAUGUCCGCGGGCCCCGGCGCCCAGGCUGGCCUGCUCAACGGCACCGGCGCAGGCGCCGCGGCCGGCCUGCUGUCCCCGGGCGAACCGGCGCACCAGCUCAUCUACGCGUCUCCCUACGCCGACUAUGCUAACUACGCGGCCCUCACUGCCGCCGCCAACCCGUUACUCACUGCGGAGUACGCCACUACUGACCAUACGGCGUCGAGAUACCUACUUGCUGGCUUUUGACAUUGGCCGCAAACGCAUCAUCAGUCCGCCAUAAGAUACGACCGCCACCACGCGACGUAUCGACCUCCGCAUCAUUAUUGACGUCCUUUGUAAACACCACUUGCCCCCAGGACGCACUAUUACAGUCAUUUAAAAGCCAUGAUCAAUCUAGGUUAAGCUAUCUUUUAAGUAAAAUACUACAACACAAUCAUUUUGUACCUACGAUGAUGUUAUAACGAUGAUGUCAAGUUUAGAAAGCUUUGUUUCUUCGACGGCUGUUUGUACCAGUUUUACAAAAGGUAUUAUUCGUAUUUGAAAAAGCAGAGAUAUAUUUAUUUAUAUACAUUAUAAAGGUUUUUAAAUACUUAUUUACAGAUAAAUAUAUUUCAAUUAUUUAUUAUUUAAUAUUUACGUUUUUUUUACAUACUCUUCUUGUUAGGAUAGGUGGAUCAGAUGACGUAACUGUUUUAAAAAUAGACAAUACUUAAUUUUAUAAAUAAGUUGAACUGCCAACAAAAAUCUUAUUAGUUACCGAUGUAUCUUAACAAAGAUGUAGAGUUCUUAUAUUUAUUUGUUUGUUUCGUUAUUUUCUUUUAAAUAAUGAUAGUUAUAAUCAAGCCCGUCAUUGUAUCAUCUUGUGAUAACCCUUGCUUGUAACACCACUAAUUAUAUUAACAUACUGUUAUGUUAAUACGUAUCCAAUUUUCUUUGAGUUUUUAGACUAUUACUAAUACGUGUUAUACUGUCACGACUUUAGCCACACUCUAGUGUCAUGGUCAUGCAUGCUGUUUUGUUGUGUCUAGACUCAGCUCGAAACAUACUCACCACUUAUCUCUGGAACCCAGAAUAAGUUACAAAAUAAGCAUCCGCUAAUUACAAGCAAAAGGGACCAAAAUAUGUUAUUUGAUUUUAUUUACAAACAAUAAUUUAAUUUUAACUUUAUAACACACUUACAAUUUAAUACUACGAACAUAUACAUUUCGAUCAAAACAGAACAACAUUCUAGGCGGUUCUAAAUGUUAUAAAUGAUGUCGUAAUUUAUUAAUUUAUUAGCCAUACUUAUAUUUAUAAACAUACCAUAGGUUAAGUAUUAUUAUCUUAUAAAGAUUUAGAUAGGAUAGAAAAGAGUGAGCUUUAUGAAAAUAUUGUACCCGUAUUUUGUGUAGGUUUAUAAUAUGUAAUACAGUUGAUUGUAGAGUCAAUUUAUUUUAUUUAAAAUGAAAUUACGAAGCCAGCCAUUACCUGUACCUUGACCGGGAUACUUUUACCCGUGAUUUUAUUAUUUUAUUUCCAAAGCACUAAAAUAAUAGAUAAUAUGUAGGCGUAGGCAUAAUAUUAUAAAUAAAUUAGGGUUACUGCCAACAAAAGCUUCGAUAAAUAUUAUGUAGUUGACAAUGACGAGUAUUUGGCAGUGAUAGAUAGCUAUCAGAAAAGUUUAGCAUAGGAAUAUUUGAAUAUAGAAUAAUGAGAUUUUCUUUUCAGCAUUUAAAAUACGCAGAGCUUGAACCACUGAAUUAAAUUCAACUAUUAUCUAAUCAUCGCCAAUAAUUGCCUUAAAUAUCUAUUCACGUUAUUUGUGUGAUAAAAAAGUUUCUUUGCAAUUUUUUUUAUGUGCCUACCAGAUACAAAUAAAUGUAUCUACUACAUAGUUUUCAUAAUAAAUUAUCACGUUUUCAAGCUCUGGUGUAUAAUGGUGACACAGAUGAUUUAUAUGCAUAUGCCGCUAGGUGUCGUGCGGCGGGCGGGUCGGCUCGCGCAAGUGAGGGAGCACCCUUACCAACGCACAGCCUUACCGGCGCCUUAAUUCCCGCCAAAACGCUCUCACGCCGCCAUUUUGUUCACAAGGUGAGAAGCGCACCCACGCAUGCCGUGUACGACGAGUAUGAUUGCUUGUUACAAAUUGUGUUGAUAGUAGAAUUUAACUAUUGCUGUGCUGUGGGUACUGCCUACAUGCCCAUAGUAAAUUUUAUUACAACUAUUAAGGUAGCUCUAAUGGUUAAAAUAGAUGGAACCUAAUAUUUUUUCCUUUCACUCAGUAAUACUUUGACAAGCAAUCAUAUUCUCGGUAAUAAAUGCGUGAGUGUAUUUGCUUUGUUGUCUCUCUGUGUCUCUUAUAAUAUUUGUUGUGUACUUAUUAGGUACGUCCUUAUUAUUAGUUCGUUUAGGUCUUUUAUCCGUCAUACCGGUUCACACCGGGUUGAAGAGUCACUGCAUAAUUUGGAAACUGUGAUUUUUAUAUUUCUUUUUAUAGAUUUUUAGAUCUGUUACAUGUUGUGUUGUACGACAUUAUUAUGAGUAUGCAAAAGGCAUUAUAAUAAUGUAUUUUCUUAUAUUUUAAUGUAUGUUGUAAACAGCAGUAUUACCAAAUUUAUUAUACUCUUGUUGUUGUUUAUGAAUGCUGUUGUUGCAACCGACUACCACAACAUGUGCUUCUAAACAGUCAUGUGUCUAUACAUUUCAUAUAGAUAAAUAAAGGAAUGGAGGAUUUAAUUUUGUACCCAUUGAAAUGAAUCAUAUUUUAGUAGCCUUUUUAAAAUCUGGGUAGAUUGCUAAUUAUAGGUCACGAGGUGCUACUCCGGGUUGUGAAAUCCUUCUUUCCUUUUCUCGCCCAGUAUUAGUCAAAGGAAAGGGUAUUUUCAGAAUCGUGCCAUCAGUCCAGUAUUAACAAAACGCCCCUCCUUUGACUUGACAGAUUCUUAAUCAUCACAACUUUCUUAGUCAAUUUAAGAUUUUUAUAUGAAAAUUUUAAGCUAGUUGUUUCUAUUUUGCCUAGGUAUUUUAGGAUAUAUUUUAUUUACUUUCUUAUUUGAAAGUGGUUAUUAUUGCACUUGUGUCCUUGUGGAUCUAUGAGGCAUACAAAUGCCGUUAAUACGUAUUUUCAAGCUUCUUUUAUCAUAAAAUGAAUUUUGGAUCAGCAUAUUUUUCUGUAUUGAAGUGUAAUGUUUCUUUGUAAAAUAUUUGUUCCAGUUGUUGAUUGUAAAUAAAUGCAUUUUCAGAACGAAUACAUGCAAUAAAUUGUCUGAAAUUUUAAAUAAGCGUUUUCUUUAUAUUUGUUUAUAUAGGUCCGCGGUAAACUUGUGUUAACUUGCUUUUUGAUGAUAAGUCAAUAAAGUUGAUGACGUGCAAUCAUUUUGGUCAGUUGUAGCCUCACACGACUAACAUGCAACUCCACAAGGCCAAGUUCCCGUUUGUGAAAUAAUAAUAAAGUGCACUUUCAUAACUGCUACUGCCACUACUUGCAGAUUAUUUGUAACUAUGUAUUUAUAUUAUAUGAGUAACUAACAUGCAAAUAUGUAACGAGAUUGAUAUGUUAUCGCAAAUUAUUAACAUUAUGAGAAUGCUAUAUACGUUAUAUUGAGAUGUUACAGUCAUGUUUUUAACAAUUACAUACUUGCAGUUGGGUGCUAUGGUUAUAUACUACCUAAGUGGUAAAAUUUAUUAUGCUUGUUUGUUUGAGUAAUAUUUGAUGCAGCGAUUGUAUUAAUUUCAUACUGCGGUUUCAAACAUUACUCUAUUGGGAACUAUUGGGCAUUUUAAUCCUAUAUUGUAGAAUUUACUCGUAUCAUUAUCAUACUAAAUUAAUUUAACAUUUCAACCAUUAACUGCGUAAACUAAUAGUACCUAUCCGAUGUAAUAUAAUUUUAUUAACUGGGCAAUAAUCGGAACUGAAUGUCGCGGCGCGAAUGCCUGAUAGACUCCCCUUGACAUUUUUAUCAGAUUACCUACAAUAUUACAAAAAAAUCUGUACCUACACAAGUCAUUAUCAAUCCGAGUUAACGGUUUACCGCUUUUGUUGCAUAUCUGCAUGUCGAGGCGAUCCCUUCAAGCUUGUAAUACCAUGGAAUUAUAAAGAUAAUUUAUCGAAUCGAGUUCACCUAACAUCGCCCCAUUUUGCGCAGUGCAACGUCAGCGUCCGUUGGACUCGGUAUUGGGGCCACUCUUGUAGUCGGACCAUGACAUUUCGAUCGAUACUAACAUUCUGUUUUUCUCUCUUCUCGUUAACCCGGCUAGGAGAGUGCUAACGGCGCAGAGGGACUAACCGGAGCCGCGGCCGGUGCUGCCGCCCUCGCCGCGUAACAUUAUCAUCGGAACAUCGACCACCAUGUAGCUAUAGCUGUUGGGCCUUUCACGUUAACAUAUACUAUGUAUUAUAAUAGUCUAACUAUUAACAUUUAUCUGCCUGUUAUGUUUAUAACAUGAUGAACUUUAUUAACAAUUUUAAAAUGGCACACGCCGUCGACUAUAUUUACUAUUUCUGUAACUUAAUUGUAUUUUUGUUGUCGCUUGAAUGUAUUGUUGUUUAAGCACGAUGUGUUUUAGGCUGCCCAGUUCUUGCGGUGCUAAAUUUGUUGACUGUCAAACCGGAGACGCCUCAGGUAUUGUGUCACUAAAUGACUUAUUUCUAUGCAUUUUACUAUACACUUACUUUUCAAAGACUGUCGUGUAUUUUGUAUUUUGAAACUAAUUUAGCACCGUAUAUGUUUCACUAUUGAAAUAAAACUAUGACUCAUAAUCACAAGGUACAUGUAUCUUGCAAUUAAAUAAUUCGAGUGAGCCUAAUUACUUAGGUACAAUAAAACCUGUAAAUCUCCUAUGGAAUAACAACGGAUAUCCACCAAUGGAGUAAAAUACCUAAAUAAGUUGAGAUUGCCAUUUUCUGCAGUCCGGUUAGCAUGACACAAUCCAACCAGAUACUUCUAUGUUUUCAAUUGGCUAAUGCAAACGCUAAUUUAAGUACCAUCUGCUUAAAAUGCAUCAAAUAAUACUUUUGGUGUGACGACAUGGCGGUAUUAGGAAGAUAUAUUUUACAUCAAAACUCUAAAGGUAAAUGAUGCUCUUGCUAGCGUUUCUUUUUAUACUUUAAUUGCUUUUCGUUAUAAAUAUUAUAAUUAUUUAAAAUGUUGGACUGAUAUUCGAUUUAUAGUCUAAUAUAAAUAGGUGAUUUUCACAUACUUAUUGACCUCACAUAUUUGGCAUCUGGUAUAUCUAUCUUGAAAACCAAAGACUAAUAUUAUACUUGUAGCGAUUUUGACAAAUAUUUUCUUAUUGAGAAAUCUAUAUAAAAAAAGUCUUCCUUGUUAUAUAAUUAACCUAUUGGUCAAUAAGUGUAUGAAUCGAAGGUAUGACAUUUAUCUUUAGAGAUAUGCAUAGGAUUGUAUUUGAUAUAAUAGUAGUGCUUAAAUAUUUAAAGAUAACCCGUUAUAUAAUGCGCAUCCCAAGUGCCUUAGUUAAAUGUAUCAUGUUCUUUGGGGUUAUAUAUAAAAAUGUUAUUUUAUAACUUAGUUAAGUUAGAGGAGAUUAAAUUAUUGUUAACUUUGCUAUGUUUAUCGUUAAUCUGCAGUUUUCGAUCUAGAAUUUAUUUAAAUAUAUAUAGUCCAACGUCAUACUAGUGUUGGAAAGCAUAUAACUUAUCGACCUUAUCGUAAGUGCCUUUCUAAUCAUCUCCGGUAAGAAUCUCUUAUUUACCCGUUCAAGGAUUAAUCUCAAUUUUAUCUAUAUACACAUUACUCAUACAGUUUAUAAGUUUAUAUACUUACAUUAUUAAAAAAAACUUAGCAGUUGCUGUAGCAAUAUUUUUCAAAAAAAAUAGUGCAAUAGAAAUGUUAUUUCUUCUUAAUAUUUUAUUAUUAAAAUCUCAAUUAUUAAUAUGUUGAGUAGAUAUUUUUUUAAAGUAAUUCAUAGAGAUCUGAUAUUGAGAUUACUACGAAUAAUGGAUUCGUCACUGAGAAAGUCUUUCUUGAUGGUUAAAAUAUCUCAAACAGCUAAUUUAGUUUCAAUAAAUUAUAAUUGCUAAAUUAUGGUUUAAAAAUGCACUUAACCUCAAUUAAUAUACCUACUUUUUGAAGUUGUUAACACUCCGUCCAUGGAUACAUUAUUUUAAGUACUUAAUUCGUUGGUCUCGUGAAUAGUUAAGAGCGGAUCCGUUGAUGCGUUUCGAGAUCAUACAAUUGUGUUAACACUUAUUCUUAAUAAUAGUCAUACGUAUAUUAUAAAAUAGGUAUUUUCCUUUCCUAAGAUAAAAAAAGAAUAUAAAAAAAUACAAAGGUCAAAUUAAACAUACUACAUUUUCUUGUUAGUACCUAAUCUUCUUAAAUAUAAUUUAUUGUGUCCGAGUGCCUAAUAGAGUGUACAAAACAAAAUACCACAGUUUAUACAAAUGACGCAUUUACCGUGAAAUUAUAAAAAUCAAUGCCAUAAACCGAUGGAACAUGGAAUAGGAAUCGUAUCUAAAUCAAAAAUAAGAUUGUUGAUCAAGUAAAGUAGGUAAUAUCGUACAAAGUAUAAAUAAUCGUUCUGCUUAUAGUUAGUUAUAGGUUAUUUAUUGUGUUUCAUUGCGAUAACAAUAUAAUUUGUUUCUUGAAACAUGUCUAGUGCCAUCAUCAGACGUCAGCGAAGGGCUUCUACAUGUUAUUAUUUUUUGUUUAAAUUUGUACUUAUUUUACCUACAUACAUUAACGGCAAUUCACAAAGCAAGUGCCUUAAAUGAACUUUGUACAUAUUUAUAUAAUAAUUAUUUUUCAAUAAAGUAUUAUAACGAAAAAUAAUAAAUAUCUUAUACUUAUACACCUAUGUAAUUGUUUUCCAAAAACAAAUAAAGAAUACUUUUAUUACUUCUAGUUAAGUGAGAUUGUGCAUAUGUCUGUUUUGAUGUGUGUAAUAUUGAUUUGGCAUUAGUAAAUAUUUGGAUAAUG